AUGGGCUCGCCUGAAGACUACCACGGGACACUAACCAAGUUUCUAGCGGCCAGAAAUAACCAGAUAUAUGACAUCCAUUUCCUUCCUGAGGGCUUCGGCGACUUACUCCACGAGGGUGCGGAGAUCGGAAUCAGCAAGAAAGCCCUCGUGCAAUGUUUCAUAAAGGCCCGGCAAAUAUUUUUCUCUCUUCCCCCACAGCAGCCACGGCUCAAGGAAACUACAGAACAGUCGCAGUCGCAGUCUCAUCUCUCUAAACCUAACAGCAGCCAAGGAUGCAAUGCGCCGGAGACGCCAAUACAACAGGGCAAUCCCUUUCAACCCCCCCCCAGCGCUAACCCCAAUCCCUCCUUGAACGAUGACUUCUCUUCCCAAACACUCCUCCUCCAAACCGAAAUCCUCCUCCUCGUCGACUCGGAACACUUAACAGCCUGCAACUGGCGCAAGCGCAGACUCUGCGCCUUGAAAGAAGCACAAUCGCAAUGCACCCCCAACUCCACCUCUAACCCCUCCAUAAACCAGUACCUCUCCGUCCUUCACACCGAAAUCUCAUUUACCACCACAAUCCUCCGCUCCCCACUACACCGCCACACUAAAUCCCCCGUACUAUGGUACCACCGGAAAUGGACCAUUACACAACUCUUCAAUAUCUGCCCUGAUAACCCCAUCUCCGUCUUCGCAGGCUCGCACCAUCUACCGCAUUAUGACGCUGACGGUGGCGUUGCGAAGCUGGAGUUCCCUCCCAGCAUCGAUGUUGCUGCAGCAGUAAAUCAAAUCCUAAACUACGAAAUCUCCGUCGUGCUGCAAGCGGGCACCCACCAUCCGAAGAAUUACUACGCCUUUAGCUACCUGCGCGAAUUUCUGGGCCUGUUUGCUGAUGCGCUCGGGCUUGCGCGGUGGCCUGCUGGAGCAACCAUUCAACAACCAAUACUGUUAUGUCAUUUGGCGCGGAUGGCUGUUGAGUCGGUGCAUUCAUGGUGCAUGACAUAUUCGCAUCGGCGGGAUAUUUCUGCGUGGAGCUUUUUGCUUUGGUUGCUUGAGGCUGUGGGUGAUGACGAUGACGAUGAUGUGAGAAUAUUAAGGGAGGUAGUCGUGGAGAAAACUGCGCGUCUUGGUAUGGAUGUUCGAUGGGACGGGGAGGGAUUGUGGAUCUUUGUUGACCUUGCUGCGGGCAGUUUUGGGAUCGAUGUGGAUUGGGUUAUGGGAGGUGGGUCUCCGAGUCGAGGUUCAGAGCAACGGUCUUCGAGUGUAGGAGGUGGGCCUGUUGACAUAGAUGGGGUAGCUGUUGCCAUGUCUGUUUCCUCGACUUCCGAUAAGCGGUGGAAGAGGUGGGUUGGUAGAAUAAAGGCGGCCUGA